AUAUAUCAUAACAAUACCAGAUAUAUUAUUUUAUAAAAAUAUAAAAAUGGAUCAUGUCGGUGAUGGGGAUGGUAGUAUUGGUGGUAGCGGUAGUAGUGGUAGUGGUGAUAACCGAAGUGCAGGCCGUGGAAGAGGACGCGGUUUUUGGGCACCUCAUCCUCCGCCCCAGUCCCUCCGUCGACCACACAGUAUUGUCGCUCAACAAACAACGUCUGUACAACAAAUUAACGAGAUGUUUAACAACGUGUCGAUGAAUGACGUCGUCAAAAACUCGGACUUAUCUGCUGAUGCCGCUGAAUUCGUACCCAGAAGUUUAAUGACUUCACAGGGAAAUCAGCAAAAUCAAUCAUGGCAUCGACCAUCGGUUCAAGAUCGUUUAACUGCAGCAAGAAAUACACAUGGACAUCAUGAAUCGCAGAAUCAUCAAUAUGGUAAUCAACAACAGUAUCCGUAUCAGCCACAGCACAUGCAAUACCAACAAUAUGCUGAUUCUCACCAAGGAUAUUCUCAAUAUGAUGGUGGUUUUAGUAACUAUGACAGAAAUCAUGAUAAUCAUAAUAUGGGAAAUAACCGUUCUGAGAAUAGUUUACCAAAUGUUUUGAGUCAGCUCAACACUGCAAUGCAAACCCUAACCAGAAGUCCAGAUCAAUUUGAGAAUCUAGUCGUGCCACUUGUUUCUAGCUUGACUCCUCAUCUUAAAACUCAAGUUAACACUCAAGCAAUUGUGUCAGCUAUUAUUUUAAAAUGUAUUAGUGAUGCCAAUUUCCGAUACAGUGGAGCUAGACUUUGCUCACAUCUUGAUGCUGUAGAUACUCCAGCAGAUGAUACACCAUCUAUUUUCCGUACAGCACUUUUUGAACGCUGUCGUGAAGAAGCUGAUACUUUGUCUGGAUCAUGGCCUACAAUAACUUCACACACGCCAGAAGACGAGAAAAAAUGCCAUGGGCUUAUGCUUUGUUUAGCAGAACUAGUUGCUCAAAUGGAUUCUCAUCCUGCGUCAAUUUUAGGCAAGCUUCUUAUUGAAGUUAUUUCAACUGCUCUGAAAAAUCCUGGCCCCAACUCUGCAAAGUUUAUCUGUCAAUCACUCAAGUUAGCUGGUCAAUACUUGGAAAGAGACAGUACUGCAAAUCGACAAGAAAUUGAACGUGUCAUGAAAGAGCUCUCAGAACUCGUGAUUGAAGGCCGAGUAGAUCAACACAUAGGUCGUAUGGUAAACAGUGUUAAAGAACUGCGAAGUGGUAAUUGGGGUCGUUCUGUAUCUUCUCAUGGUCCUGUGCCCGCUGAUAUUAAUCAACCUCCACAACAGCAAGUUCAAGAACAGUUGCAAUAUCAGCAGCUUAAUGAACCUGUACUCUAUGGACCUGACGGAAACAUUCUGUCAGCAGAGGAACGUCGAUUUUGUCAAGAUCUUUCAAAUAUGGAUGAUGGAAUUGAUGAAUCUUGGCAACGAGGAGUGAAUCAACGCGGGGUUGAUAAUCACGCAGAAGAUGAAGAUGAAGAUGAUAUUAUUGCUGCUGCUUAUGAAGAAUUCCUCAAAUUAACACCUAAUAAUAUUUCAAGUGGAGUAAAAAAAGGAUAAUGAAGGGACAUAUAAAAAAAAUGAAACUCUUCCAGGCUGAGGUUGAUUUUUUCACUAAUAUUAUAAAUUCCCAAAACGACCUGGUUAUGCUAAUUAUUUAUUUCUUUUCAUCAGACAUAAAUAAUCUUUUUAUAGAAUAUAAAUAUGUAUGUAAAUGUUCUAUCUAUGUAUAUUUAUAGGUCAACUACGGUCGAUAUGAUAUGCACUUAGUCGAUUAUCUGAUAAAUAACGUAUUAAUUAAAUAUUAAAAAAAAAUUAACUUCCGCACUUACCACAGCAACCUUUUUUUUUAUUCUCUGUAUUGAAAUAAAAUAAAUGAAUUAUUAUUUGAAAGGCAAACUUUAUACGUUCAAGUGAUAUUAUUUCAUAAAAAAACGCUAGCUUAGUAUAUUUUUAUUAAUUAGAAGACUAAUUUCAUGUUGAAUUAAAUUAAUCUAUUGGUACAUACAAGAUAUGAAUUUACGGGCUAAGUUAUCGAACAAAAUUUUUUUUUCAAAUUAAAUUUUAUUAAAUUUUUAAUUCAUGCUAUGAAUAAUUUAUCGGAGAUUAAGGGAUAGGUGCCUCUAUUUCCCAUAAAAUAUCUAUUAUCCAUACUUCUGUUUAUUACAGUAUGAUAAUUUUCUUGUAAUAAAAAAAGACGUCAAUAAACAUUACUUUUUAUCGA